GUUCAACAAACGUAGUUGAGGGCACAUCCGUUAACAGGAAGUAGAAUGAGAAAAAAAAAACAGAGAAGAAGACACUCCAGCUGGGACGAAGGUCAGACGGAGCUUCUGCUAAAUUAAGGUUUUCUGGACCAUGGCUGCUUUUCGGUCUUUUAUCACCCUAACCCUCUGUGUGCUGCUGGGACGUCAGACAUUUGCCAAAAACGAUUCCCCCUGCGAGCGUUCCAAAUGGAACAACGGCUUUAACACCUUUCUCAAACGUCACAUCCGCUCCGGCCUGCCCACCACCCUGGACGACAAAAGUGAAUGGAUGUCAUACAUCAGGAACAACGGGGGCUGCGACAGACCCACGCAGUCCUUCCUCCACCCCAAAGAGCUGGACCGGGUCAAGGCUGUGUGCACCAGCGCGGGCGGCAGCACCUACAAGGAGAACCUGUGCAUCAGCCGGCAGCCUUUCACUUUCGUCACGGUGAGGAGUGAACCCGGAACCUGCGGCAUCAGGAACGUCCGCCAGGAAACCAAACACCUGAUCCUGGCCUGUGAGGUUCUGGAGAACCAGUGUGUGCCCGUGCAUUUUGAAGGAAACCCUGAAAACCUGAAGCCCAGUAACAACGCCAGAGGCUGCCAGGAUCCCAGGACCGGCGGGCGGGCGGCCGGUCUCAGGAUGACGUGGCUGCCGCUGGUGUCGGCUCUUCUUCUUCUACUACUGGUUUAUGGCUUUUAACUGUUUUAGUUCCAGGUUAUAAAUAUAAUUCUUUAGAAGAAACCAGGUUUGGACUUUGAGUCCUGGACCUGGUGAAGAUGUGGUUGGAGAAAGAAAGGGGUAAAAAAAAAAUUCUAAAUUGAUUUGUGCUGGAUAUAUUACACAUCUUUCCACCAUGCUGGUCAGUAGGUGCCGCUGUACACAAGGAAUUCUUCUCUCUGAUCCACAGUGUUAUUUGACAAAACACAUUUUAAAAUAUUUGAAAAAAAAAUUCUUCUUGUAAAAACAUAAAUAGAGGCCAAAUCAGAGAGAGGAAAACGAACGCUUAGCGGCUUUAAAUGUUUACAAAGGGAUAUUAUUGCACUUUUAUAUUUUUAUAUAUGGAGAAACCAGAGUAAAGUGUUAACAUUUAAUGUAUCAGUUUUAGUUAAAGAUGAACAACAUGAACCACAUUUUUAACCACAAAUUUGAAAAAAAAAGUAAAAUUACUUUCAUACCAUUGAAUGUGUGCAUGUGAUAACAACAGGUUACAGUGACAGACGUGACAGUAAAGUCACACACUGACACACUGACCCACAGAGCUGCUGUUGUAAAAUAAAGGACGGCAUUUAUUAAAGGGAUUUGUUCAAAAAUGAAUUAAAGAUGAAUGAAUAUUCACACUGA